GCGGGAAGGAGCGCGGGGAGCGGUAGGGCCCGGCUGGCCCAAGGGCGCCCUGCCUCGGGCCCGCGACAGAGGCCAAGAAGUUUGGCGGCUAGGGGCCCAGCGCCCCGGGUCGCGGGGGCCGCACUGAGGGCGCUGGGGAGAGCAGAACCAUGGGAGCGAGCGCGGAGGCGGCGAGGGGCGCAGCUAGCUCCUGGAGCGGCACGGCCGCGGCGGCGCAAAGUUAGCCCGGCGCCCUGGGACGAGCGCCGCAGUCUGGGCCAUGGGCGAGCACCCCAGUCCCGGCCCCGCAGUGGCCGCCUGCGCGGAGGCUGAGCGCAUCGAGGAGCUGGAGCCCGAGGCCGAGGAGCGACUGCCCGCCGCGCCAGAAGACCACUGGAAAGUCCUGUUUGAAAAGUUUGACCCUGGAAGCACCGGCUACAUCAGCACAGGGAAGUUCCGGAGCCUCCUGGAGAGCCACAGCUCUAAGCUGGACCCACACAAAAAGGAGGUGCUCCUGGCUCUCGCAGACAGCCAUGCAGAUGGGCAGAUCUGCUACCAGGACUUUGUCAACCUGAUGAGCAACAAACGUUCCAACAGCUUCCGCCAGGCCAUCCUUCAGGGAAACCGCAGGCUGAGCAGCAAGGCCCUGCUGGAAGAGAAGGGGCUGAGCCUCUCGCAGCGGCUCAUCCGCCAUGUGGCCUACGAGACUCUGCCCCGGGAGAUUGACCGCAAGUGGUACUAUGACAGCUACACCUGCUGCCCUCCGCCCUGGUUCAUGAUCACAAUCACGCUGCUGGAGGUUGCCCUUUUCCUGUACAACGGGGUCCUACUGGAUCAGUUUGUGCUGCAGGUGACGCACCCUCGAUACCUGAAGAACUCUCUGGUUUACCACCCGCAGCUCCGUGCGCAGGCUUGGCGCUAUGUGACAUACAUCUUCAUGCAUGCAGGGGUGGAACAGCUGGGACUCAAUGUGGCACUGCAGCUGCUGGUAGGGGUACCCCUGGAGAUGGUGCACGGAGCCACCCGAAUUGGGCUUGUCUACGUGGCCGGUGUUGUGGCAGGCUCCUUGGCGGUGUCUGUGGCUGACAUGACUGCACCUGUUGUGGGCUCUUCCGGAGGGGUGUAUGCGCUCGUCUCUGCCCACCUGGCCAACAUUGUCAUGAACUGGUCAGGCAUGAAGUGCCAGUUCAAGCUGCUGCGGAUGGCUGUGGCCUUGAUCUGUAUGAGUAUGGAGUUCGGAAGGGCUGUAUGGCUCCGUUUCCACCCAUCAGCUUAUCCCCCGUGCCCCCACCCAAGCUUUGUGGCACACUUGGGUGGCGUGGCCGUGGGCAUCACCCUGGGCGUGGUGGUUCUCAGAAACUACGAGCAGAGGCUGCAGGACCAGUCGCUGUGGUGGAUCUUUGUGACCAUGUACACCAUCUUCGUGCUGUUUGCUGUCUUCUGGAACAUCUUUGCCUACACGCUGCUGGACUUGAAGCUGCCCCCUGCCCCGUAAGGGACCAGAGGACCAAGGCAGGGCGGGGAAACAGAAGCAUCCCGAGGAAGUACCUGCAUCUGCUUCUCGUCUCCAAUUCAGUGAAAGCAGGGAGAACCGGAGACUGUUGGAGCUGGGGGCUGCGUGUUGCUUUGAAAGGAUGGUGGGGAGAUGGAUGUGGCUGCUGUCAUCUUUCUAGGCUGGUCUGAUGAUAUGGAGUCACCGGUAAGGUCUGAGGCAGGGUGAGAGUGGCUGUCCCUGUGGCUUGGGCUUGUCCCAUGCAUUCCCUGUCACUGCCACAGAGUGAGCAAAUAGCUCUCUUCCCUAGCCUCCACCUGGAGAGACACAGAGAAGUUCUGAGGGUAGCCACAGCCAGGCUUGCCACGCCCAGAGAUGACUGUAGGCUAGGCCACGUUCUCUCUGCAGCUCAAGGUCUGGUGCUCUGGCAAUGGAUAUGAUGGCUUUAAUCCGGGGGGAGCCCAGAGCAAGCCAGGCUCCGGUCCUGUCAAUGGUGCUAUGGCAUUGCUCCUAGGGCUGGGCAGGGAAAUGCUAUAAGCUCCAGGGCUUUUUUUCUUACCCUAAGGGAGGGCCCUGUGAUGAGGUGAUGCCUUUCUUCACCCCAGGUUCCCCCAAGAGAGUUCCAGGAUGGUUUCUUCUUCCUGCCUGUAGUCACGAGUCAGCAUUCCACACCAUCGCUCUGCAUCCAUGCCCUAUCUGGACUGUGGGGUCUCUUCUUUCCUUCCUACUGCCCUGACCCUACUUUGUGCCUCUCUCUUUGGGUGUGGAGACAGGGUUUUGUGUGUGUGUGUGUGUGCAAUGUCAGGCAAGUCAGAAGCUGCAGAGGGAGGAAGUGGGAGACAAUGUACACAAGAGGAUAUCUAUAGGGGAUUUCUGGAAUGGGUAGCAGCAGUGUGCUCUCCAGUGCUCGCUCAGUGGCCUUGCCUUUAGCAUCAUGCACCCCCUUUCCCAUCUUGCCCUCCCAAACACCUGCUGAGCACCACUGACCGGUGGAAAAAUUGUCGAGCUAGAGGGAAGACCAAAGCACUAUCAGACAUUUGGGAGAAAACUCUCAGCUGUAUUCUUCUGGUUCUCUUGGGGGUAGCUUUUGUGUCUGUACUGCCGCCUGUAGAAGGAAGUCUUUGGGAUGAAAGAAAGCCCAGGACAGUGAUACUGUGGCCAUCUCUCCAUGUGAAUUGGUGGGACAAAAAGCUGUAGUAAAAUAUAUUUUGGUGAAAAAUGUAGCCUCAGAGAAGAAUUGGGGAAGCUUGGGUGAGUGAGUGUCCCCAGUGAGAGCAGCUGAGGGUUAGAUGGCUCCAUGUAUAGGGACUUGGAAGUAAUCUUACAGGGAAGUGAUAUUGGGGGCGUGGCCUAGUGCUGCCCAUACCUCAGCAGCCUGGGAUGCCACAUCAGGUGUUUGGCAAGGUAACCGUAGACUCAGAGCCCAGUGCCUCUGCUCCUCUGAGACAGUUUACUCAGGCUAGCACGAGACGCUUCUGGGGACCCUAAGUGGAGGCUGUGAGGCAGGUGACCUUUAUAGGGACUCUCAGCCCCUGGGAUGAGAGGAACCACAGGUCUGAGACUGGAGGGAGGCAGGAGCAAGGCAGGAGGAUGGGAACUGCUUCUGGUCCUCUCACCAUCCCAGCAAUACCUCCCAGCUCGUCUCCAUUCUCCUGAGUCCCUCAGCCCUUCCUCUCUCCAAUGUGGCCACCCAUCAGGGCUGGGAUUCGGCUGUAGGUUGACCUCAAAGGCUGGGGAAUCCCCAAACAGCAGCUAUGUAGACUAGCUUGCAUUUAAAGGGGAGAGGACUCAUGGAAACCAGAAAAGGGAAAACAGGCUUUCAAAAAAAGAGGAAUUUCUCUUUAAUGAUACCAUUCAUCACUUGAUUUUUUUUUUUUUAAUUAGGAGAAGCUCCCUAACGAGGCUCUUUUGAUUCUGCAUUUCCAUGUGAACCAUUCUUGCCUAGAGCAUUAGUGGAGGCAUUGCUCACCAAACCCAGAUCUUCCUCUAGUGUCCAAUUCAGUUUGCAGAUAAUGAGGUUUACCCAGUGCUGUGUGCUUCCCAGGGCUGGCUGCAAAUCGUUGACUCUCCUCUGCCUUAAAAACAGUGCCCGUCAGUGAGCUGCCCCUCCCAGGACUAAGUGAAAAUCAAAACACUAGCCGCAACGUUGGUUUCUAGAUAUUUUUGUAUUGUGUACAUUCUGUAUAUUUUUGUUGUAACAUAUUAUUUGAGCACAGAUUCCAUUAAAGAUUUUUUUAAGCUA